CCUCCCCUCGCUCGCUCGCUGCACAAACUUCUUCUCCCCGAAGCUCGUUGCGCCAUGCUACCUGGAUCCGCCCUUCUUUUAUCGAGGCUGGAAGCGCUGCAGAAGAAGGUGUUGCUGUUUAGCCUUUUUGCAAUAGUGCAACAAGAAAACAAAGUAGUUUGAUCUUACAUCACAACUUACAACCAAUUCAGAAGCUCUCGAAGCAGAGAGAUCUGACAGUGAGAUCAUUAGUAAUUUUGGGACAGAAAGGUAGGCAGCUAAGCGCAGUUUAUGACAGGUUAUGCAAUUCUGCUGAUACAAAGUAUUGUCCUUAGGACAAAAGGAAUCGACAUGGACAUCAUGUGGUGUAUUGUUGACGCCUUUGCUCAACAAAACAAGCACGCCCAAUUUUCAGUUGGCCCCGACAUUCUCCCUACAACUUUGAAUUCAUUGUUACGGGUGAAAAGGCGUAGGAGCGUGCGCCGGAAGCCUCUGCAAAAGCUGCUGUCCAUGAAGAGUUCAGGGACUGAAGGUGUGAAUUGCAGCAUCACCGAUAGUUCACUGCAGAAAGGAGAUGUCAGCGGCAGGACACGAUGCCCUGAAAUCGAUACAAGCUUUUGUUCUCCUCCAUGUGAACUUGACUUACACCGUGUUUGCCCGACGGAUGGCUUCAAUCUCCUUCUUGUCCUACACCAUAUUGAUCCUAUUUCUGUAGCCAAUGGACAGAGCAUCUUGGCUUUACUCACACUUUUAUCAAUGGUGGGUGAUUGCAGCAAGGCCGCAGUUAACACACAACACUACCGCAUUAGGAAGAGUAGACACAACAAGGGCUGCAGGGUGCUAUCGAGGCAAUGCUCGGCUCAGAAGACUCGAGAUCAUAAACGGGGUGACACAAGGGAUGCUGCAUUUCAGAAGAAUCGACGUCUCACCUCCAGAUCUGAACCUAUGUCUGCGGACAACUCGAGCUUACUGACUCCUGACAGUACACCUGAGCGAGCCUGGCGUGUUGCAUCUGCUGCCCCGCAACAUAUGACAGGAUACCUCAAUCAUUUUACCGACUACACGGCAGUCUCCGGCGAUCAGGUUAUCGACACGCCCAGUAUGGGGCCUAUGGUCUUCCAUGGCAGCGGUUCAGUGAACAACAAGAACAUGACCCUGAGAGAUGUUCUGUAUGUCCCAGGGCUUGAGGCCAACCUCGUCUCCACUGGCCAGCUCGCCGAGCUUGGCUACACCAUAUCCAUUGGUCCUUACGGGUGUCGCGUCUACAAGGACGACGAGGGCAUGGAUCUUGUUGGAAAAGCGCAUUACGUCGAUGGCUAUCUACUGGAGCUGGAUUUCCUCAGGGUUUAGCGCUUCCACCAACUUAUCCACAUGCAUGAGCGCUAUGUCUUGAUUUCAGAGUAUAUGAGCUGUGUAUUUGUAAUUGUAUGAGUUGUAAUAAUUCCACUAUAUUAGAUAUGUAUUUGUAUGGUUGUGUGAGAGAAUCGUAUCACACACCACUAGCGCCUUUACUGAAUGUGCUUCUGUUUGAUGUGGCUGUGUACCACUUUUCUAUACGAAAUAUGUAUUUACAGUUCAUCCACCCACCGCAAGGUGGACUAUAUAAGUUGGAUUAUUAUGUUGUUCGUGAGAGAUGUUACAGUCUUGAAUCGUUGCACAUUCUUCGAGCCA